AGACACUCUGCGUGAAUGCCGUUCCUCAGACUUGGGCAGGACUGGACUGGCCUGUGGGUUCGGCCUCGGAAACGAGGCGGCGCUUUAAUUCAUACGACACAUGAAACUAAACUCACGGCUUUGGAGGUUCCACAGUCGGACAGCAGGUUCGUUGUUCAGCGGUCUGUCGUGUGUCUGUGUCGUGUUUGGUAGGAGUUGUACUGAGCGGCGUGGACUGACCGCCAACUUCACAACUUAAGGAGGUUUCGGAGCUUCUAGAAGACGCUGCGCUGCGUGCUGAGUGUUUGUGAGCUGCUCUUGUGGGAACAGACCAUGUGCAGCCAGGAGUCACUUUAAGACUUUCCUCGACCUUCCUCUCCAUUCUUAAGCUUCUGAGCUCUCUCUGUCUCUCUUGGUCUCACUCUCUCUUUUUCUCAGAACAAACAAUCAUGCGUCGGUUCAGUUCGGAGGGAUCCCUAUUGGACCUGGACUUCCUGCCCUGGAAGAAAGUGGCUUUGAAGGAUGAGAACGACAAUAAAGAGGAGAAAACGGGCACGUACAGGCAGGCCUCGCUGCCGGAGGACGACGUAGAGAGGGGAGCCGUGUCCCUGCCUUCAACACCUGCUCCCCGUGAGAUGAAGAAAGAGCUCACUAAAGAGCACAGCAUUAGUGUGGAGAACCUAUCUGACCUGGAUAGGUCCUCAGGGUUCCUCAGGGUAACCGGCCUCAACGAAAGCUUCAAAGCCUACAGUGACAGCCAGCUGGCCCCGGAUACCAUCGGCAGCAUUGAAAGUGUGGAGAAGGAGGACAACCCGCCUCCGUGUCCGUCACCUUCAUCCAGCCCCUUCAACCAGGAGCACCACCACCAUCGAAUGCACGUCAGGGCCAAGUUAUCGGCUGCUAAACUGCAUCUGAAGAGUCUGUUUGGACAGAGUCCGCACUCCUCCCACUCAAAUCUAACAGCCACGGAGCCCAGAGAGCGAGAAAGCAGUACCAAAGAGAGACGUUCUCGUUUCCUGAAGCAGUGGAGUCAGGUGGGCCAUGGAAAGACCCGGCUCAGCAGAGAAGAAGUGGAGAAGUGGGGCGAGUCACUUAAUGACCUGCUAGAAAGCAGAGUGGGUGUGUCUGUGUUUGGAGCAUUCCUCCGCUCUGAGUACAGUGAGGAAAACCUACAGUUCUACUUGGCCUGUGAGCAGUACAGACAGUCCUCCAACACCUUCAGCCUGCAGAGACGUGCCAAAGAGAUCAUCGCCACCUACAUCCAGCCUGGAGCUCCCAGAGAGAUAAAUCUUGACAGUAAGACUCGGGACCUGACGCUGCAGCUUCUAAAGGCCCCAUCCCACAACUCGCUAAUCCACGCCCAGAGGCGCAUACGCUCUUUACUGGACACGGACUGUUACCCUCGCUUUCUCCAGUCCAACGUCUACCUCGUGCUCUUGGCAGACGCUCACUAGGACCACACUGGACAUGGAGACAACAGAAGGACAUUUAAUUGACUGAAAAAAGAGUUAUGGAUGGACAGAUGAAUGCCUGAACGAAUAAGUGCAGGCUCUUUUGGUCGUAAGGCUGAUUCCAAACACUGGUUUGAAAAUCCUAAAUAAUGAAUUGAUGGAAUGAGCACAACUACUGUUAUUUUAUUUUUUUUGUUUCUCCUGAAGUUAAAGAUUGUUAAUAUAUUAUGGGAAACAGAACCAAGUAGCAGUCUAAGCAAAUGCAAGAAUGCUGACGUGGUCUUCUAGUGUAGUACAUCAUUAUCCAGAAAGGCAGCUGGCUGAAGUCAUGGACAUUACCAAGGCCUGUAAUCAUUAAGAUGAAACAUAACCGGAGCUGGUGCCCAUUACGUGUCAGUGAGCAAAAGCAGAAUGGCAUGCGGGCAGAAAGGAAAAACCUGUUAGGCAAGCUUGGACCGACCCUCUUGUCAAUCGUUCAGAGGACUUGUAGAGCAAUAAUCAUGUCACUGUGGAGAAACAAAGCUUCUCUUUAGGUCAGAUGAUAUAAGACACUUGUGUAAGGAAGUAGUCACUUUCUAAAGCUUCAUUACAGGAACCUCCUCAACGGUUGCCGUGGAAUUCCUUUGUUUGGCAAACAAGAUUGCUGUAAUGUGAGCAAAGGAGCCGGGCCUGGGAAUAGAAUUGGUCUGUUGUUACUUGUUUUUCACAUGGCUGUAUCGUUGACAUUUAGAAAUAAAUAAUGUUUUAUAUGGUUUCUGAUCCCCAA